AUGUCCUUGUUCGCAAAAAAGACGUUUUCGGCCGCAGGCUAUGCUGCGAGCAGACCUUCAUAUCCUGCUAGAUUAUUCGAGACAGUGCUGAAUUAUCACAAUGCACAGAGCUCCAGCGGCACGUUACUGGAUCUGGGCUGCGGCCACGGCUUGAUUUCCCGGGAGCUGAGCCCCAAGUUUGGCAAAACCAUGGCGACGGACCCCAGUCCAAACAUGGUCGCGCAGGCCAAGGGCAUGACACAAGAUAGCAGGAUUAAAUUCCGACAAGCCAAGGCGGAAGAUUUGUCUUUUUUACCGGAUAAGUCUAUCGACCUUGUUGUGUCGGGCCAGGCAGCGCAUUGGUUCGACUACAGUAAGGCAUGGCCUGAGAUUGCUCGCGUGGUCAAGCCUGGAGGCUCCAUGGCGUUUUGGGGCUACAAGGACAACGUGCUACUGGGCCAUCCCAAGGCCAAUGUGAUUUUUGACAAGUUUAGCUACAGCGAAGGCGAUGUCUUGCCGGGCAUCGAGAGCAUGGGACGGUACUGGGAGCAGCCAGGCCGCAACAAGUUGCGCAAGCUGCUCACAGAAGUUGUGCCGCCAUCGGGGCAAUGGGAAAAGGUGCAACGUAUUCAGUACGAUGUCGAUGUGAAUGCGACCAAGGCGGAUAUUGCAGACGCGUGGAUGGUUCAGGAGACAACUCUGGGCGGCUUUGAAAGCUACGUGCGGACAGCGAGCAGCUAUCUCGGCUGGAAAGAGGCGCACCCUGACCGAAAGAGCCGAGCGGACGGGGGCCAAGGCGAUAUUGUUGACAUGUUGAUGAACGAGGUGGUUGCGUCGGAGCCGACGUGGAAGGAAAUGGGAGAGAAUUGGCGAGAAGCGCAUGUAAAGACGGUCUGGGGGUCGUAUAUCCUGAUGGCGAAGCGCAAAUAA